AUGAGGGAGGGGCACAUUGUGUUGAGAUUGGUGUACGGAUUGGGAGAGGGGGAGAUUCGUUUAAGGAAUGAUAUCUCUGGCAACUCGACUGCUUUCCAGGGAAUUAUAAUGUAUGUUUGGGAUGCGUCCACUGGCGUACUUGAGCAGUCUAAAGGGGUGUACUCUGCCGGAUAUAAUAACUCCGGAAGCGGCGAUCAAUGUGCGGCUAUUGAAGAUGCAAAGAUGUUUGAAAUGAUUAUAAAUGAUAUUCCUAAUGGAAAGGUUGUUGGACUGGCUCUCAGAGCGAGGUUUGUAACUAGACAGGAUGUUAAUUACGCCCAGUUUUACGACAGCUUGGAGAAGUUUGCCUUUGGAAGGGUUACGGGAACCAGUAACGUUCGAAACAUGGCUGAAUACGACGCAUACGUCCUCAUUACAAAAACAGGCGAUUGCAAUUCCACUCAAGAAUGGCUUAACAGGGAAGAAAGUAGGCAGGUUAAAGUAGCAGAGGUUUAUCACCAAGACACUAACGUUACAUUUACUGUCAGUAGCUUUGUCAAUAGAGAUAACAAAGAAGGCACCUAUACACAGGCAAGAAGCGAAGAAGACCCGGAACUUCUGCAAAAUUCUGAUUUUGAGAGCACAUCAUUUGCCGGAAACUGGGUUUGUCCCCAGUGCAUUAUGACUACUUACAGCAACGACACCUAUAGGGGAAGCCGUUCAGUUUUGGUCACAAAUAGGAAACAGACUUACUCUACCCCUCGGCAGCGUGUGGCAAUUACACCAGGUUAUAACUAUAUCUACACGACUUACUUCAAACUGCUAAACCUACCGAAAGGCACUGACUAUACAAAACUGGAUCUCAAAGCCAAUGUCAAAAUCAACGGAUCAUCAAAAUUCUUAAGGCUCGCAACUAUGCCUCUUCAGCAAGUUAAGUUUGGCUGGACGGAAAUCGGUGGAGACUUCUUGGCACCUGAUGGGGCAACAGAGGCUCAAAUUUAUAUAAGCAUCCAAAGCAAAGAAAUAAAUUUCAUUCAGGAUUUUGCAAGUAUGAAACGGUUAAAACCAAAUCUAAACUGGAUGGAGCUUGCCAAGUCCCGAAUAAAUCGUAUCCGAAAGGCGCCGAUUAGUUUCAGGCUUUCUGGACCACGGAUUGAGGGAGUUGAUGUCGAGCUUAUCCAACGGAAAGGGACUUUUCCAUUUGGAACAGCCAUUAAACUUGAUAAAUUUAAUGUACCUGAAUACCAGUUUUUUACCGAUUUUGUGCUCAGACAUUUCAACUGGGCAGUCAUAGCAAACAAAUUAAAAUGGUAUGGAAUAGAGAGAAUACAGGAUCAAAGUGAUUAUUCUUUAUCAUUGGCCGCCUUAGAAGUACUGGAAGCCCACGGAGUGAGGUCACGUGGUCACAAUAUGUUUUGGGGUGUGGAGAAAUUUGUGAAUUCCUGGUUGUAUGGUAUGUCACCCACAGAAUUGGUGGCGGAAAUCAAAUCACACAUUCAGGAAGUCGUAAACAACACAAAAGGAAGACUUGCUCAUUGGGAUGUUAACAACGAAAAUCUCCAUGGUGACUGGUUUGAGCGUAACACCACUGACCCAGAUAUCACACCAAAGAUGUUCCAGUGGAUCCACACCCAGGAACCGGAAACUAAACUGUUCCUGAAUGACUACUCCAUUAUACCAAAACCAGACCUCACCACAGCUAUCAAGAAUCAAGCUGUGCGAUUUUUGAAAGAUAACGUACCUAUUCAUGGCAUUGGGGCACAGAGUCAUUUUUAUACCACUAACAUUGAUAUGGAUGUCAUAAAGUAUAGAUUGGACAAAUUGUCAGAAUCGAGACUAGAAGUCUGGGUCACGGAGCUGACGGUGGAUGAAGCUGAUGACGUAAAGAAAGCUGGGGCUCUAGAGAAACUUCUUACUAUGUACUUCAGUCACCCAUCUGUUGGCGGGGUCAUUCUGUGGCACUUCUGGAAUGAGUCUUUGUGGCAUCCGAACGAGAAUCUGUUUGAUGGACCAGACCUCAAGCCAAAUGCCGCGGGUCAGAAGUUUUUGGAUCUGGUUCACAGAGUCUGGAAGUCUACAAUCAAACAAAGCAUCACUUCCGGUCAGACUUACAACAGAACGGCAUUCUUAAGAGAAUACAGCCUGAACGUUAAACGGAAUAGCCAAGUCAUCUACCGACAAAAUCUCACUCUGGAUUCUAAUGGGAAGGACAUCUCUGUUUAUUUUACCGAAGACAAACAAACAGUUUCACAUGUUCAGAUCGGAACGUGGACAUCCUACAGAGGGCAGUGUAUUAAAUCCCAGGGGAAGCGGCUCCGUGUCACGAUUGACGUUGUGAUUUUGUACUUCUCUAUAGCUUAUGCCUUCGUAACUUUUCUCUGA